AUGAACGCGGAGAACUUCGCUUCCAGCGAGCGGCUGGUGACCGCCGCCUACGUGCGCCAGGGGGCGCAGGGCCGCCGCGGGCACGAGCUGCUCCUGCGGGCGCUGCUGGAGCAGGGAAAGUGCCCUGAAGAUGGAUGGGAUGAAAGCACCAUUGAACUCUUCCUUCAUGAACUUGCCAUAAUGGACAGCAAUAACUUUCUGGGCAACUGCGGUGUGGGAGAGAGGGAAGGCAGAGUGGCGUCAGGACUUGUUGCCCGAAGGCACUAUAGGUUGAUCCAUGGAAUUGGAAGAUCAGGAGAUAUUUCUGCAGUCCAGCCUAAAGCUGCAGGGUCUAGCCUUUUGAACAAGCUUACUAAUUCAGUUGUUCUGGAUAUUAUAAAGCAGGCUGGUGUCCGGACGGUGACCAAUUGCUUUGUGGUUCCUAUGGCAACUGGCAUGAGUCUGACUCUGUGUUUUUUAACAUUGCGGCACAAGAGACCAAAGGCAAAAUACAUUAUUUGGCCACGUAUAGACCAGAAAUCUUGCUUUAAGUCGAUGAUAACUGCAGGUUUUGAGCCUGUGGUGAUAGAGAAUGUAUUAGAAGGCGAUGAGCUACGGACAGAUAUUGAAGCAGUGGAGGCUAAAAUCAAAACUCUUGGUGCUGAAAAUAUUCUUUGUGUGCAUUCUACAACAUCUUGCUUUGCUCCAAGGAUACCUGAUAGGCUGGAGGAAUUGGCUAAAAUUUGUGCUAAUUAUGACAUUCCCCAUAUUGUCAACAAUGCAUAUGGAGUUCAAUCUUCAAAAUGUAUGCAUCUUAUCCAGCAGGGUGCUCGAGUAGGCAGAAUAGAUGCUUUUGUUCAGAGCCUGGACAAAAAUUUUAUGGUUCCAGUAGGUGGUGCUAUCAUUGCUGGCUUCAAUGAGUCCUUCAUUCAGGAGAUCAGCAAAAUGUAUCCAGGAAGAGCUUCUGCAUCUCCUUCUUUAGAUGUCCUCAUUACACUUCUGUCUCUAGGUGCCAGUGGCUACAAACGGUUACUGAAAGAGAGAAAGGAAAUGUUUUCCUAUCUUUCAAGUGAGUUGAAGAAGUUGGCAGAUAUCCACAAUGAGAGACUGCUGGAUACACCGCAUAAUCCCAUAUCCUUAGCCAUGUCACUGAAGAAUCUAGAUGAAAAUAAUGAUGCUGCUGUUACCCAGCUUGGAUCUAUGCUUUUUACAAGACAAGUUUCAGGAGCGAGGGUUGUUCCUCGUGGGUCUGUGCAAACAGUGAAUAACUACACUUUCAAAGGCUUUAUGUCACAUACAAAUGACUACUCCUGUGCUUACCUCAAUGCUGCAUCAGCUAUUGGAAUUAAAAAGCAAGAUGUAGACAUCUUCCUAAAAAGACUGGACAAGUGUUUGAAGGCUUCUAGGAAAGGGAAAGAAAGUGUGAAUGAAACAUGUACAGCUAACACAGGCACAGACCAACUUGAAGACCAGAAAGUACAGACAUAGUAACAAAGGAAGAUGCACUUUUGUUUGAAGUAUGCAGGUUUGUACUGGACUAGCACUGUGAAUCUGAAGUGCAGAGAAUUUGGUCCUGAUCUGAAAAGAACACCGAAAAAUUUUGGGGUGAAAUUUAGGUUUAAAGGAAAGGUGAUUUUCUCCUAUUCUCUCUUACGGGAAAGUAAGCAUUUUGCACCAUGUAAAUGUACUUAAUAUGCCAAAGUAAAGCUCUGCAUUCAUAAAAGCCUUCAGCUGACCUGUCAGUCUGUGGGUGACUGUUGGGGCUGGUGUUCAUCAGGUCACAGAAUAUUUAAGCACAUUUUGAUUAACUAGAUCUUCUGUAGCAGUGAUUGAAUUUCUUUUGUCUAGCUAUACAACCAACAAGAAAUGUUUUACUGCUCUCAAAAUGUCUUGCUUUUACUCAGCUUACUUUCUAUUUUUCUUUUAUUUCUGAAGAUUUAUAUAGAAGUGUUGGGAUAACCCUUAGUAAGUACAAUGUUGAAACUGGAUGAAGAAAUUGUGGAGUUGGAAUAAUGGUCUUUUUAGGCACUCUUACCUCUCAUGAGCUGCCUAGAACAAAGCAGCCUUCAGUGGCAAAGAACUUAGAGUACCUAAUAUCCUGUCAGUACUCACUCUUGGAAACAUUUGCAUAGUUCAGCAACCCGAAGGAAUUUUGAGGGAGUGCAGUGAUUGAAAAUGUGAGGCAGUGGAGUGAGAGUUGCCCUCUGUAUACAUUUCAUCUCUUCUUUGGUAGUUGCUCGUGAAUAGAGCAGUCAGGUCAGAGAUCUGCUCAAAAGGUGGAAUGCUUUGUGGGAUGACUGCAGCAGUUUCAAGAUCCAGUGAGACCAGAGGAUGUUUUGGCAUUUUUAGCCCAGUGUUCUUAAGAGUUGUAGACAUCCGCUUCUGCACCUUCUCCUGCCAUUGGCACUGUUGUCUGUGUGUGCAGUUACUGAUUUGAAUUCAUUAAUGGAACAGUAGAUUCAGAGUCUGUUCCUGAAACAAAGGUUCCAUAUCACUGGAAUGACAGUGCUGUAGGUUACAGAAAUUUUUGUUGAUUAUUCUUGAAUGUAAUUAACACACUGUAUGUAGAUUUUUAUGUCAUUUACUGUUCAAAGUGAGCUUAGCAUUUGAAUACAUCUUGCUUUGUUUGUAAUGCAGUAAUCCUUGGGACACCGCAGUAAUGAGUUCUUAAUGUCAGGAAACAUUCUCGUUACUUUGUUUUGUGGGAUCUGAGACACAUUUCCUCAGAGCCCUCUGCAAAUUGCCUUAUCAGUAUAGAUAGUGCUUUUGAAAGAAUUGUCCCUCUGCUGUGCUCAAAUGAAUUUAUACAAGAGGUGAUGUUAAUAUGUGGAACUAUUGUAUGCUGGUUGCCAUCGAGGUGGCCUGACUUAGUGAAGUUCAUUGUAUCUUUAGCCUGAAUUGAACUGCUGCUCCUCCUACAUUGUUAUUGCUGCAGUUACACUUCAGGCCCAUUAAAGGUUGUGGAAGUGAGGGCUCUCAGGAGUCAGUUGGUACUUGUUGUACCAUCAUGUCUUAAGAGAAAGGUAAUGCAGCUUGACCACUGAGUCCUUGUGGCCAUAACUAGAUGUAAAUAUUGUUUUGUUUUGAUCUGAGAUGAUGCUAUACCAGUUUUUCUAGUCAGUAAAGCUCUCAUUCAGCCUUGGGAGACAGAGCUGUGCAGCUCACCCUGCACUCAGCGUAUUGGAGCAGCCAGUGAAAACCACAGGGCCUUAGUGAUGCCUUUCUUCCUGUUUUGGGAUAUUGUUGUCUUGUGCUUGAAUGAGCGUAGGUUAGUGAUUUAAUUGGUUAUUGCAGAUUACACAUAUUAGAGUUAUUGUUAUGAGAGCUUAGGGUGGUACGUGGUAGUAGCUACAAUAAGGAUUUGAUAAGCAGUAUCCUGAAACUGAAAACAAGAAAGCAGCAAUUGCCUUUUCUGAAAGGAAAAGACCUCUACCUUUUAUGUUCCUGUAAUAAAUUUUCUGCUGCAAAUAAUUCGCUCUCUUCUACUCUAGAUUGAACUGCUUUCUCAGAUAGUGUUUCUCCUGCCUUCAAAAUGUUUCCCAUUUGAAAUCAAACAGUUUCAACACAUCUCUCUGAACAAGUAUUCAGGGAAAGAAUUAAAGUGUUUCAUUCUGAUGCUGGGUUUUAAACAUUGUAUUUUUCUAAUUGAAAAACAUUUUAAGAUGAGAUUUCUGGUUACUUUUUUUUUUUUUUUUUACAUUAGUGUCACUAGGGCUUUUCACAGGUCUCAGUGAUGCUACCUGAAACCACGCAGUUUGAAAUACUUUGAAAAUUGUGCCCAUUGUGAAGUAUGAUCUCUUGAACUAAAUAUCAGUGUUAUGUUACUUUGGUAUGCUUUCUUUUACCAGUUCACAGUUUUAUUUCCUUGCUUUGUUCCUUUAAGCGUGUUAAGCUGUAAUGCAUCCUGAGUUUUUAGAGACAGAAGCAUAAUAUAAUGUCAUCAUAGUUAUAUUUAAAUUUAAAUAAAUGGAGAAGAAAUGGUUAUUUAUGACAUACUUGAAACAGGAGAUUCAAUAGAUAAACUUUGUAUUUUUCAAGGAAGAAUAUAAGCCACUUACUCUCUAUUCACUGAUGUCUAUAAUGAGGUAAUAAAAUAAUAUUGGAACACA